UUGCCAACUGCCCUAUUCCUCUCCCACCUGGCCUCUGUCACUCUGUCAAGUUCCAUUUCGUGGACACAUGUGAAAUUAUUUGAGCCGAUUUUAUUUUUAGGAAUUCAAUUGAAUAAGCCAAUAUGCCAUCCGACGCCAAAAAACGUGAACAGCAAAAGAAAAAAGAGGCCGCGAAGGCUAGGCAGGCUGGGAAAAAAACUGAGAAACCUAAAGCUGAAGAACAAAGUGAAGCUAUUAAGACCAAUGGACAAGUGAAUGGGAUUUCUAACGGAUCAACUGAAAUGAGCGCAGAAGAGGCUCUUUGUGCCAAGUUAGAAUCUGAUGCCAGACUAAAUGCAGAGGCUCGAGCUUGUACCGGUUCAUUAGCGGUCCAUCCAAAAUCGCGAGACAUCAAGAUCGACACGUUCUCCAUCACGUUUCAUGGUUGCGAAAUGUUGCAAGACGCCUUGCUCGAGUUGAACUGCGGUCGGCGGUAUGGCCUGUUAGGUCUCAAUGGCAGUGGCAAAUCCACCAUAUUGGCUGUGUUAGGAAAUAGAGAGGUGCCUAUUCCAGAGCAUAUCGACAUUUUUCAUUUGACACGUGAGAUGCCAGCCUCUGACAAGUCUGCUCUCAAGUGCGUCAUGGAGGUAGACGAGGAAAGAGUGAGGUUAGAAAAAUUAGCAGAACAAUUGGUUGCUUGCGAAGAUGACGAAUCUCAGGAACAACUCAUGGACAUUUACGAGCGUCUCGAUGAAAUAUCUGCGGAUACAGCAGAAGCGAGAGCUGCUAACAUUCUGCACGGUCUCGGUUUCACAAGGGAGAUGCAAAAUAAAAAAACUAAAGAUUUCAGCGGAGGUUGGAGAAUGCGUAUCGCUCUUGCGAGAGCCCUGUACGUGAAACCCCACUUGUUGCUUCUCGAUGAACCCACCAAUCAUCUGGAUUUGGAUGCCUGUGUAUGGUUAGAAGAGGAAUUAAGAAAUUAUAAGCGAAUCCUUGUUUUGAUCUCACACUCACAAGAUUUCCUGAACGGCGUUUGCACAAAUAUAAUUCAUAUUAAUAAAAAAAGGCUCAAAUACUAUACCGGUAACUAUGAUGCCUUUGUGAAAACUAGAAUGGAACUCUUGGAAAAUCAAAUGAAGCAGUAUAACUGGGAACAGGAUCAGAUCAAUCAUAUGAAGAACUACAUCGCUAGAUUCGGUCACGGUUCAGCAAAGCUUGCUAGGCAGGCACAGUCUAAGGAAAAAACAUUGGCUAAGAUGGUGGCGCAAGGAUUGACAGAAAAAGUGACCAGUGAUAAAUUAGUUACCUUCUAUUUUCCCAGCUGUGGCACUAUCCCACCUCCUGUCAUUAUGGUACAAAAUGUCAGUUUCAGGUAUAGCGAUACCACGCCUUGGAUAUACAGAAAUUUGGAAUUCGGUAUAGAUUUAGAUACCAGGCUUGCCCUUGUAGGACCCAACGGGGCUGGAAAAAGUACCUUGUUGAAGUUAUUAUACGGAGAGCUAACACCAACAGAAGGCAUGAUUCGGAAAAAUUCACAUUUACGAAUUGCUAGGUAUCACCAACAUUUGCACGAGCUUCUCGAUUUGGACCUGUCUCCUCUUGAAUAUAUGUUGAAAGAAUUUCCGGAGGUGAAGGAAAAGGAAGAAAUGAGGAAGAUCAUCGGACGAUAUGGUUUAACUGGAAGACAACAGGUAUGUUCCCUUUUAUUUUCUUACAUGUCCUCUGAAAAAAAAACUACUAUGUAUAAUGUGAGAGUUUCCAACUAAAGGUAUAAAAUAUUAUAACAACUCUUCA